GAGAGGAUGGAGCUUAUUCACCUUUCACACAAUAGGAGAUAUGAUGGGCAAGGUCUGGGAAUUCUGUACAAAAGGCGCCUUCCGAGGCUUCCAUGCAGGAGGUGGCCGGGGGUACACAGUGGACGGUUCAACAGUGACCGCAACACCAGAGGAACCACAGGCCGCCGAGCGAGAGGCCCCAACGCAGCCAACUAACGGGUUUCCGAUCAACCAAGCAGUCCCGGAACAUAUUCCUCAACCCCCGGCUGCGUCCCCGUACUCCCCUGUGUAUCAUGACUUUAGCACACCCGAAUCCACGCCACAGCCCGCGGCCAAGCGCAGGCAGGUCAGCGCUAACAACGACGAGCUAAGAAACUGGGUCAUGGUAGACGAACCAAGCAGCCAAGUGCCAAGACGAUUCAGCGCGGAUGUCAAGGCGGCGGCAGCCAGACCAAGCGGCUUGGCUCGACCCAGGUCUGGGUAUUACAGUCAAACAUCGGUCAGCGCGCACCGGCGCAUCACGGCACCCUCGGCCAGAUUCACGGGCGUCACAUCGCCGACAGUCUCGCGACCCGCCUCCCGCCCUUCCCUACGCAUUUCCCACGCUGGUUCGCCCAACCUGAGCGCUCGCGAGCCGGCAAGCUUCGCCUCGCCGCGGUCGUCUCCCAUUUCCCGCUCGACCCCAAGUCGCAUCCCUGUCCCGAUCCAAUCACCAGCCGGAACCACCAACCCCCCUUUCACCUUUCCAAGCAGCGUCGCCGCCGCCGCAACCUCAACAGCCGCAGCAACAAAAUCACCCUUCAAAUCCUCCGCUUCCCGGCCCUCCAGCCGCCAGAGCACACGCCUCGGCCUCGGCCUCGGCGGAGGCGUCUCCUCCGGCCGACCCAGUUCCCCCACGAAACUGGGCGGCUACCACCGGCGGAACCAGAGCAGCGGCGGCGGCGGCGCUGCAUCUGUGGCCGCCGCCCGCCGCAAGAGCGGACUCCUCGCCGAGGCCGGCUCUCCGCGGCUCGACGCCGAGGCGCGGCAGCUCGCGCAGCAGAAACUGGCGGCCGAGCGCGACGCCGAUGCCAGGGUCGACGCCUUCAACGCCCGUCUGCUGAGCAUGAUCCGCCAGGGCCGCGAGGCGCUGGGGACCAAGGUCGAGGUGGAGAUGAUUGAGGCGGAGGGCGAGUUGGAUGCUUUUGGCGGGGUUGGUGGUGUUGGUGGUGGUAGAGGAGGAGGAUUAGGGGGUUGGGAGGAUGACGAUUGAAAUUCCAUAUUACCGGCGCCUGUCUAUCUUGCCAGUCUUUGGCCUGCUUUUCUGUUUCUUGAGGAGCUGGGGCGUUUUACUAUAUGGAUGGCGGGGCAGGGCGGGGUAGAAUGCAUCGAGAGGAUCGGAUACCGGUACUGGCUUCCAUGUACGCUAACGGUUGUUGCUCAUGCUCUUCCUUUGAUGUGUUCCCCUGUUGGGUACAUGUUAUGGAUUUCCCGGUCAUUAGGGGGUGGCGUUUAGGUUGGC